AGCCUAUGGAUUAUAUUAAUGCGUUUAAAGGAGAGAAUACAAACUUGAAGAAAUUACAAUCGAGAAUCGAGAUGAGUGUAAGGGAAGAGAGGAGCUAAUUAGGGAGUAUACUUGAGCAAAGAAAGUAACUCUUAGAUGUGGGACUUUGGUGUAACUUAAUAACCUAGUAUACAACUUACAAGUAUAUUUAUAGAGGGAACAAUGAAUUACAGUGGGGCUUAAAAUGGGACAGCAAUUGAUAAAGACAGCAGGCACCACUACAUCACGCACAGAAGGCAGUAGCAGCUGCUCGACCCUUGGCUCGGGCGAGUAGGCUGGUCGAGCAGCAGAGAAUUCAGACAAUAAUGUGAUUAACAAGAUGAACACCAAUGAUGAUAGCUGUUUCCUCCUUCACUUCAUAAUGGGAACAUACUUCGGCCCCGAUCUUAAAGAGGAUGAAACUAAAAAGUCGGCUUUACAAAGGAUAGCCGAAGGUCUCCCACCCUACACACAGGAGCACCUGCAAGGUUCUCACAUCAGAACGUCUGAAAUCGAGCUAAUUUACUACUUUCUUCUCCGAUCAGCGGAUAGAUCACUUACUGUCAAACUACCCUUAUUGCAUCAGUUCAUCCAAGGACAAUAUCCUUCUGAGGGUGAAGGUUUUCUGACUCUCUUUCCUCCUCAUUUGCAUCCCCAAACGGAGUCACUCAACCGUAGUAGACUUGUAGCAGACGUUGUGUUCAUUCGGAAUCCAGCCACCUUUUACAUCCAGGACGAGGAUAUUGACAGGUUCAAGAGACUAGCACGGUUAGAAAAACUCUUCAUAGACAACGAUACUGUCGCAAAAUUGCUCAAUAGUACAUAUCUUGACGAGGAGGGCUCAGGUAAUGAUGAUAGGAUUGAGGAGGUGCCCAUCUUAAAUUACUACCGUGGUUGUCAAAAAAAAAGGCGGUUGGCUGAAAUAAUGGGGACUGCAAACCCGAAACCACAGUUGCAGAAUUGUAAUGGUGCAGCAAAAGCACUUCAAUUGGCUUUGCCAUCUUCAGCCAAACAAUCGAGAUCUGACAUGAGAUACGGACCUGGUAUUGUUAUUCUACCUUCGCAGGCUAGUAGGGACGAAUUGAAGCGUAUUGGGGAAAUAGUUAAAAAUGCAUAUGCAGUGACAGGAAGUGCUGCAAAGGGUCACAUUGGGUCGGUUAUUGGACUUAUGGACAUUGAAGAAUCCGAAGAUUCAUACCUCUUUCGUGUUGCCCUUCCAGGAGUUAAAAGAGAAAACCGAGCAUUCCAAUGUGAGGUCGAAAGUGAUGGUCGAGUGCAGAUCAAGGGAGAAACAGUGACUGGCGAGAAGAAAGUUUACCGUCACUCAGAAACGUUUAUUAUGCAAACACAAAACCUAUGCCCAUCAGGACCCUUUUCCAUCUCAUUUCAGCUGCCAGGUCCAGUUGAUCCUCGACAAUUUUCUGGUAGAUUCGGUACAGAUGCCAUCCUCGAGGGCAUCGUUAUGAAGCGAAAACCUUCAACGUGAUUUCAAUUUAACAUUUUUGUGACUUGUAAACUACCUGCUUGUCGGCACAGCCCUAGACUCUUAUGUAUAUAUUUUCAAAUAGGGAAUGCUGGUGCAUUCAGACUAACAAACCGAAGCAUUAACCUUAAAGUAGUAACUACCAGCCUUUUUUUUGAUGUAAAUAGUCGUGGGUUGGUUUCUUGCCCGAAAGAACAUGUUCGAAGAGCAAUCCAAUUCCCCUGCCGACACCAAUAGAUUUCUGCUAGGAGGCAAAUUCAACCCCUCCAAUUGAUUCCAACAAUCCAUGCACGGAAGAAAACUCAAUCCCUCCGGCCAGAGUGUCUAGCCAAAAGUAAAAUUUACACUACAGGAACACAUCCAAUACUACAAGUAGCUAAACCCCAGCUCAAUCUAAUACCAGCUGGUAGCAUUGGCUUUUUCUAUUUGCAUUUAAAUCAGAAAAAGUAGAUUAAAAAAUUAGAAGUCGUACUUUUUAGGUUUUUGUUUAAAAGCC